AAGAUGCAGUGUGCAAUUGUUCAAAGGACCUGUCCACGCUUGAGAGCACAAUUUUCCUGCAUGCCUUGAAAUCUACUAGGCCUACAGGAGAGACACAACAUCAUACCAGAGAAUGUCUAAUAAGACGGGCUCUGAUCGUUGUAUGACCUCCAAUAACCCCAAACACGACCUUUCCCCGUAUUUUGGACGUUGUCGUGCGCGUGCACUCGAGCGCGCGCGCCUGUACGGGUGCCUGUAAGUUGGUCAUCUCUGCAAAUAUGGCUGCUUUCAGUAAGUCUAUACCGCACAGUUGCUACGAGAUCGGACAUACAUGGAAUCCCUCAUGUACGUUAUCGACAUUGCAAGUUACGGCGGGGGCUUUGGAGGUGUCGUUCAAAAUUUAUGCACCGCUGUAUCUGAUUGCAGCUAUUCUAAGAAGAAGGAAAAAAGACUAUUAUAUCAAGAGACUACUACCUGAAAUUCUGCAAUCUACUUCCUUCCUCACGGCAAAUGGAGGCUUGUACAUAGCUUUUUUCUGCAUUCUCAGGAAACUGCUUGGAGGAUUCAACUCUUGGUCUGCGGGCUUUGGUGCAGCGCUGCCAGCAUCCUACAUCUCCAUCCUCAUAGAGAGGAAGAGCAGGAGAGGACUUCUAACAAUAUACAUGGCAAAUCUGGCAACAGAGACGGUGUUUCGCAUGGCAGUCACUAGAGGGAUCGUUAAUCCACUCAAGCAUGGCGAGGUACUGCUGUUCUGCAUCACUGCGUCUCUCUACAUGUUCUUCUUUCGGAACAAAGACGGUCUGAAGGGAUUUGCUUUUUCAGCUUUGAAAUUUAUCGUUGGGAAAGAGGAGAUCCCCACUCACUCCUUCCUGGCUGAGCAUGCCUACGCUAAGGCCCCAGAGCGCGCUGCAGCCGCAGUCGCAGCAGAGGCCCACCAGGGGACGCCACCCUCCAGAACCUCAUCCAUCAGAGCCUUCGCCAAGAGGCUGCUGGACGCUCUGUGUAAACACGGGCCAAGGCAUCGGUGCUGCAAGCACUACCAGGACAACUGCAUCUCCUACUGUAUCAAAGGCUUCAUCCGGAUGUUCAGUGUGGGCUACCUCAUUCAGUGCUUCCUGAAGGUGCCCUCUGCCUUCCGACAGGCCUUCACCAAACCCUCGCGUCUAGUCUCGCUCCUCUACAACAAGGAGAACUUUCAACUCGGAGCCUUCCUAGGCUCCUUCGUUAGCAUAUACAAGGGCACAAGUUGUUUCUUACGUUGGAUAAGAAACCUUGACGAUGAGCUCCAUGCUCUCAUUGCCGGAUUCCUGGCCGGUAUUUCCAUGUUCUUUUACAGGAGCACCACUAUCUCUAUGUAUCUCUUCUCCAAGCUUGUGGAGACUGUGUACUUCAAAGGCAUCGAGGCUGGCAGGUUCCCCUACUUCUCGCAGGCCGACACCAUCAUCUAUGCCAUCUCCACUGCCAUCUGCUUCCAGGCUGCUGUGAUGGAGGUGCAGAACCUGCGACCUUCCUACUGGAAGUUUCUACUCCGGCUCACCAAGGGCAGGUUUGCCCAGAUGAACAGGCGAGCCCUGGACACCUUCGGCACCGGCGCCUCCAGAGACUUCAAGGGCUUCAUCCCCAAGCUGGACCCACGCUACGUCACGGUCCCCCCACAGCUGCCCGUGCAGCUGGACUGAGCUAGCCAGCCAGCCGGGUCCGCUUCAGGGAGGCACAGCUGCAGGGAGCACAGGUCUCCAACCCUGCAGGGCACUGGACACACCCAGCCUUCCCCCCCCCCCUCCUCCCAGACCACGUCCCUCCCCUCCUCCGUCAGUGUUAAUGUGGAGCUGAUGGCUAUGGGCGUACUUGAAGCGAUUCUGACUGCAGCACUUCAGUGAAAGUGACUGUGUGUAAUUAACUAGAGAUUCUAUUGAGCAAAAAAAAAUCAUGUGUGUACAUGUAUGUAUGUAUACAUCUCUUUUAUGUGUGUAUAUAUAUAUAGGUAGCUAUAUAGAUAGACAGACAGAUAGAUAGAUAGAUAGAUAUACAGCACUUAACAGCAAAAGAAAUGCAAAAAUGACUAGAUCUGUUUUUGCACAAGUUGGUGCUACAGUUAAUGCUUCAUAUUUAGUAAAUACACGGCUGCACACAAUACGUGGCCCAUAAGAAGCGUGUGUGUCUGGUGUGACCAUCAUGCUUCAGCUCAGACAUGUCUAGUUGAAGAUCUCUGCUCAGGUUGAAGUAAAGAAUUCAAAAACAGAAACACGUUAGUCUGUGUAAUUGAGGCAGCCACACUGUGGUUUCUCCAGCUCCACCAGGAGGCAGUGUGGGCUACUGCUUCCAAGUCUCGGAACCAAGUGCCUGAACAGGCAUUUAGCAGAUGAAAUGGAGCUGCCGUUAAACAUUUAAAUGCUAUGGGUUGUAUUUUAGAUGGUUAACCCAAUAUAUUAGCCACUAUAUUUUGGCUCCACAUGGCCCCCAUAUAUAAUUGGUUCUGCACCAGAGCAAUAUAGCCAUAGGUAAGAAAUGAAUGGCCUUAUCCUCAUUUCAAGUCAUGUUUCAACAUUUGUGAAAUGUUGUUUGUUCCUAAGCAAUGGUCAUUUGAACGUAACUCUGUGGGAUGAAGCUAAGGUGGUUUAUGACUUAUUCCUUGCAUAUGAUGCUCCAUUUUGAGUGCCUUGCCACGUAUCUACACAUAUGAAGCAUUUACUAUAGUGGUUAUUUACAUUAACGUAAAUUAGGAGAAAAAAGUUUUUUUGCAUUUCUUUUGCUGGUCAUGAACUGAUGUUUUAAAGGGGAUGCAUUUUGUGUUCAGGUUAACUCUUGAUAGGAUGGACUGGCAUCUCUGGUGGUGCGGAGCAUUUUGUAAACCCUUCAAUACCUUGGGUGAAUGGUAGGCAUUUUUUGUCACUGAAUGUAAACAUGGCACCCAGGUCCACUCAGGCAUAUAGCCAAGCGUCAGACAUUUACUUUUAUGCCUUAUGAUAAUAAUAGGUGAGCAAUGAUCCUUUAGUCUCUUCUCAUGCGCCAUCCCUACAAACGGUGACACUGCGACCUUGUUUCCAAGCGGCGCACCUUUGAGUCGUCGGUGGGAGAACAGCUGCACAGCGUCGUCUAAAGCCUUGAGAAGUGCUUAUGUUGCGCCACACGUUAAUGUGAAUUAUUUCUUUAAUUUAUUAUCAUUUUUAAAAUCAUCACAGCUGGCAUCCCACGUGGACAGCACACAGAUCUGCACGGCUGCUCGUUUCACGUCCUGCCACUUGACUUGAGGUCGGGGGCACUUUUGCGUCCGAACCCAAGCAGUAGCCGAGGCGACAACCGUUCCUGGCCGGGUUUGGGACGAACCUGUAUCAGACUCAGUUGCCGUGCGGGAAUUCAGGGGGCGGUUCCAAGUAUGAGGUGCAGGGACAAACCUGGAUAAAUUAACUUGGAGUACGUAGUAAACCUUAAAGAAGAGCCUUAAAGGUUAGGAUUUACUAGAAGAAUUAAACAAUGGAAUUAUUUUCUACUAUUCUAUACUCUACAUGUUUAUUCUACUGUACUCACUGACUAGGAGUUAACUUACCCAGGUUAGUCAUUAGACCUCGCAUGUUGAACACUCCCCUGGAUCUCCAAGUCUCAUAUUCUCAACCUCAGCUAUUUUAAUCUCAUGUAAUAGAUUAAGAAAUUAUGACUUACCUGCACACAUGAAUCAGUUCACAAGCUUUCCUCGAUAACUCAGUUUCUUUUUCUGACAACAUUUCUGAUGAUCACAUCUCAGUGUUGUAUAGAAUAUACUUUUUUUUUAAAAGGAAUAAGAUAAAGUUCUGAUCUAAAAAAAAAUAUGUGUAUACUUGUAUAACACUGUUUGUAAUUUAUAUACAAUGAAAAAUAAAACUUAUUUGUUCUCUGUUGA